ACUGAUUCAAAGCUCUUCAUGAGGAUGUGGUGAUAUGUAAGUUGUAUGCAAAUGUUGAUCACAAUCAUGUUGCUUUCAUAAAGUCUCAUUUUAAGACAUUUGUAGAAAUACUUUAUGGUGUCUUGUAGGUUUAUUGUACAACCACAGUUGAUGUACAAUGUUACAAAAUACUGUUAUUCAGUCGUUUAAAAUACAUACAAGUGAAACAGUGAGUUCUGGCAUUCUGACAUUUUCACUUUCAACUCUGCUCCUCUUUUAACAAGCAGUGCUCAGUCAUUAUAAACUCAGUCUGUGCAGCCAAACAUCGUUCAAAUCCACAGAACCUUGUCUUAAGUAACAAUGAAAGUGACAAAGAUUCUAAGUAUAUUAAAUAUGUUGGCUAAAGUUGGAUGAAAUGUGAAUAUAAUGAAACAAAAUACAUCUGAUGGAAUGGUACAACCACCAAAAGUCCUCACUCAGUGUAAACAUCAGAUCCUGUAUCUUCAGUAAAGAGCUGGAACAAGCUGGUACAGAAUAUAGAUUAUUUGGCACAGUCAGAAAAUGUGAGAUUAUUCUUUAUAGGUCAGACUUUAAUGAAUAACCAGUAUCUCCCCUCCUUCAACCCAUCAGGAUGUCUAUGGAGCUGUGUGGUCCCAACAUGAGUGCGAGUGGAGGCUCUCUGUGCCAGGUGAAGCAGCUUCCCUGCCACAGCGUCCCCCUUUGUCGCCUGCAGGCCAGUGGGCACCAUGCGCACAACCACCCCCUCCUCACCCACCAGCCGUGGGUCAACCACCCGGCCCCAGCCGUCGUCUCCAGCCCGGCUGUGGCCGUCCGACACAGGGUGAACGGGGCCACAGCGGCCGGCUGCAGCAGCCCGGAGUGCCCGGCCUCCAGGCCGGGCGAGGAGGCGGCACUGGCCCGGGGCGUCUCCGCAGGGAAGGUGGUGGUGACGGGAGGCGGGGGGUACUUUGGCUUCAGGCUGGGGAGAGAACUGGCCCGUCAGGGGAUGUCUGUGAUCCUUCUGGACAAGAACAAACCUCCCUGUGAUGUCCCUGAUGGAGCGGUCUUCUAUCAGAGUGACAUUCGCGACUACACCUCCCUCUAUAAAGUAUGUGAAGGGGUCGACUGUAUAUUCCACACAGCGUCCUAUGGCAUGUCCGGGCCAGAACAGCUGAGGAAAGAGCAGGUGGAGUCGGUCAACGUUGGAGGGACUAAUAAUGUUAUAAACGUUUGUAAGGAGAGGAGCAUUCCCCGGCUGGUGUACACCAGUACCAUCAACGUGGUGUUUGCUGGGAAACCAAUUGAGGAUGGAGAUGAGGCUUCAGUGCCGUAUGUUCCCGCCGAUGUGCACAUUGACCACUACUCCAGAACUAAAGCGAUUGCAGAGCAGAUGGUUCUCUCAGCCAACGGAUGCUCCCUGAAAGGUGGAGAACUGCUGCGGACCUGCGUCCUGCGACCCUGUGGCAUCUAUGGACCAGAGGAGAGGAGGCAUCUUCACAGAGUGAUGGUGAACGUGGAACGUCGGUUGUUCAGUUUCAGGUUCGGGGACCCCCAGGCCAGGAUGAACUGGGUGCACGUAGACAACUUGGUGCUGGCUCACACGCUGGCAGCUGAGGCUCUCACACUGAAGAGGAGCUGUGUUGCUGGUGGACAGGCCUACUUUAUUAAUGAUGGAGUUUCAGUUAAUCUGUUUGAGUGGCUGACACCUUUGUUUGAAAAGCUGGGCUACAGCAGACCGUUGAUAAGUCUGCCCGUUUCACUGGUCUAUUCAGCAGCCAUCCUGGUGGAAUAUUUGCACAUAGUUCUGCGACCGGUCAUAAACGUGCCUCUCCUUUUUACCAGAAGUGAGGUGAGGAACAUUGCAGUAAGCCACACUUUCAAGAUCAACAAAGCUCAACGAGAGCUAGGUUACUGUCCAAAACCCUACAGCCUGGCGGACUCUGUGGACCACUACCUGAAGUCCCAACAGCCUCGCUCCACCUCACCUCUUUUCAACCUCUCCUGGACCUCCCAGCUGCCCCGGCACCUCGUUCUCUUGCUGCUAAUGGGUCUCAGUCUGGUGCUACUAAUGCUAUCCUGCAUACUCGGUCAGAACUAACCAUUUUCACCGUGCUGGAUGGAUAGCUGCACUAUAAGCUGCCUCAGACAUUGUAAUUUUAAAUAAGACACUUCACUUGCUUAUUAGGAAAUUAAUUGUUUUGCCCAUAAAGUGAUGGUGUGGAUGCAGGUGACAGAUGCAAUAAAAUAUGCCUCAAAUUAAGUUUUCAGAAUUUACGUACAUUACUAACGUAAUUUCCUUAUAUUUAAACACAUGUACGCUCUCCCUUUCAACUUUUUGAUGUUGGUGUAUGUGUGUCUGAUUUCAAAAUGAUGAAACUACCAGGCUGCUGAAGAGUACUAAACCUGAGUUGUGUUGUUGCUAUGAUUUGAUUAAAAGGAAAAAAAUAUCUAACUUUGAAUUACAAAUGUUUAAAUUUUAUUUGAUUGUAUUUAAAGCAUGCUAUCAGUUUAUUUGAGAAAGAUUUGUUGAGAUUUAUUUAG